AUGGCAGACGGAAAGAUGUUGGAGGUGUCUCCUCAUUCCCGGGUCGUGCCCAUUCAGACGCAGUCAAAGCCGAAGAAGGUGCAUUACCCGUUUUGGUUUGGAGGUUCGGCCUCAUGUUUUGCUGCGUCUGUGACGCACCCGUUAGAUUUAGUUAAGGUCCGGUUACAGACUCGUACCCCCGAUGCGCCGAAGACUAUGAUCGGGACGUUUGUACAUAUCGUGAAGAAUAAUGGCUUCACUGGGUUAUACGGUGGUUUGUCAGCUGCGAUGCUCCGCCAAAUCACAUAUUCCACAACGCGCUUCGGUAUCUACGAAGAAUUGAAGUCGCGCGUUGCCUCGCCCACCUCAGAUCCCGCCGCUGCACCAAGCCUACUCACUCUCAUUGGUAUCGCCUCGGCUUCCGGACUAAUCGGCGGCAUAGCAGGUAACCCAGCCGACGUGAUGAACGUGCGCAUGCAACACGAUGCAUCUCUUCCUCCCGCCCAACGACGCAACUACCGACACGCGUUCCAUGGGCUCAUCCAAAUGACCCGGACAGAGGGAUUCGGUUCUCUCUUCCGCGGAGUGUGGCCUAACUCAGCCCGUGCAAUCCUCAUGACUGCCUCGCAGCUCGCUUCUUACGAUACCUUUAAGCGCAUGUGCAUUGAAAAGGCCGGCAUGGCUGAUAAUCUGGGCACACACUUCACGGCCUCAUUCAUGGCGGGCUUCGUUGCUACCACUGUCUGCAGCCCUGUGGAUGUCAUCAAGACUCGUAUUAUGACCGCUUCUCAUGCGGAUGGUGCUGGUCAUACUAUUAUUGGUCUUCUGCGUGAUAUCUGCCGCAAGGAAGGCCUGGGAUGGACUUUCCGUGGCUGGGUGCCUAGCUUCAUCCGUCUUGGUCCUCAUACCAUUGCUACUUUCCUCUUCCUCGAGGAACACAAGAAGCUCUACCGCAAGAUGAAGGGCAUUUAA